AUGGAGAAGUCCGUGGUGCAGGCCUCUACGGACUGGGAUGGGACUCCCCACUGGGAGAAGGAGCCAGAGGUCGCGCAGAAAUACAUUACAUACAUCGAUCCCGCCGUUCAGUCAAUGGCGAAAGAACUUCUCAGUGGUGUAGCUGCACAGCGCAUAACACCACAUGGUGUCUCAUUCUGGACGCGCACUGGUCGGAUAGUGGCAGUCCAGGAAGGCGGCUCGAGAGUAUUUUUCUUCUUGAAGCUCUCCAUUGGUGAUGACGGCAAGGGCAUGAUGCACGGAGAGUACGAGUCCAUGAAGGCAUUGCAUGAGACCCUGCCGGACCUUGUGCCUCAGCCUAUCGCAUGGGGCACCUACGAGACAGACCCAGACAUCCACUUCUUCAUCUGCACCUUCUGUGACAUGAAAGAAGGGCUGUGCUCCCUCGAUGAGUUUCCGAAACUGGUUGUAGCGCUUCACGAGAAGGGCGUGUCUCCUACCGGUAAAUUGGGCUUUCCUGUCACCACGUACCAGGGGCUUCUUCCUCAGGAUCCUACCUGGUGCGAUACUUGGGAGGAGUGUUUCUCUCGAAACAUCGAUAUUUACUUCGAACACGAACUGAGGGCCCAGGGGCCUGAUGAGGAGAUCGCCGAGCUUCGCGAUACCAUCAUGACCAGAGAGGGGAACGCCGGGACCGACCGAGCCACAAAUGUGCCAAAGAUCUUCGACGCAUGUAGUUGGUAUGCCCACAACGAGUUCGAGAUGGCGCCCUGGAGCCCAGCCCGGCAGAAGAUGGACAAAACUUACGUGGAUGCCUACCUGAAGCACUUCCCCAAGGCAGAGCCAGAAGAAGACUUUGACGGCAGAAACGCUCUAUACGCUCUCCGCUUCAACCUCUGCUCCUCUGGCCUGUACCCGGGGAAUCUCAAUUACCGUAACGUGGUAAGAAUGGAUAUGCGCGAGCUGGUCGACCGAUAUCCUGAGUCCUUCGAAGAGUGGCAGAAGCGUCAGACUAUUCCGUCCCUGACGCGUGCCAAGAUGUAG